CUAAUGAACAUUUCAGACCCUGAUGAGUCUCACAGUCAUGUGCAUGAGGCUCACAGCCACUCUACAACUUCCCAUGGACAUGAAGCAGACAAACAUACACAUGAAAAAGCUAAAAAGACAGACCCUCAUGUGUCUCACAAACUUGACCAUGAAACUCAUGGCCACAAAUCCACAACUUCACAUGGACAUGGCGAAGAGCAUGCACACAAAUCUGAAAGAACAGAUCCACAUGAGUCCCACAAACAUGUCCAUGGGACUCACGGCUACACAUCAAUAGCCUCACGUGAAGAUGAGCACUCACACCAAAAAGUUGAAAGAACAGUUAUUUCAGAUCCUCACGAGUCCUUCAGACAUACACAUGAAAGGCACAGUCACAGACCCACAACCUCACAUGGACAUGGAGAAGACAAGCAUACACACAAAGCUGAAAGGACAGAUCCUCAUGAGACCCACAGACACACACACGAGACACACAACCACAUAUCAACAGCCUCACAUGGACAUGGAGAAGACAAGCAUACACAGCAAAACGUUGGAAGAACAGACCUAAAAGUUAUUUCAGGUGCUCACGAUUCCUUCAGACUUACACACGAGAGUCCCAGUCACGGAUCCACAGCCUCACAUGGACAUGAAGGAGCUGAGCAGACACACAAAUCUGAAAGGACAGGUAAACAUUUUUAGAUUUUGUUAUGUUAGUGAUAGAAAUAUGCAG